AUGAUUGCAGAUUUGAAGGCGGACUCGAGACGCUGGGAUGUAGAGGUCAUCCGCAGGCAGGAAGGUGGCCAGCCUAGAGGUACUUACUAUGAUAAUCUGAACAUGGCACCAGCGCCUAACAGGUCACCAGCAAACUAUGACUCCUCGUCCGUCCGUCAGACUCGCCCACCAGUCCCAUACCAGUCCUCUCGUCCUCAGCAGCCUCAACAGCCGCAGCAACCAUACUCUACUUACCCACCUUCCCAAUCAUACCCUGCUCACCAAUCCCAGCCAAACUACCAAGACUAUGGUAACCAGCCUGGGUAUACCCCAGACAAUGGCUCUUAUGCUCCCAGUGGAGGAGCUCCUUACUCAAACCAGCCAACUCCACCUGUAACAACCGCUGAGCAGUCGUAUAUCCACAGCCAGGGUGCCUAUGCCUACCCUGGCGGAGGAAUGUCCCAACCUCGAUACUCUGGACAAGGAUAUGAGAAUGACCGUGACUACUCCCCUGUUGGCCAGUCUACAUCUCCAUAUCCUCCAUCGAGUGGACCAGACCCUAGAAUAAUGGAGACCGGAUAUCCCGUGGAAUCUACCUACCAAGAACGUCAGCCUGACCGGGGACACCCAAGGAAUCCAGCCCCACGCCACUAG